CCUAGUUAAUGCUUUCUGCCAUUAAUUUCUUUAUAUCUUCACAGUUGAUAUCCAUGGCGUCUGUAAUAAAAAUUAAUGGCAUCUUCUUUCUGCCCUACCCUGGUCACUGUCACUGAUCACGGAUAACCUCCAUCUUCAUGUGAACCAUUUACACUCCUCUGUCUUUAUUGUUACUAAUUUAUAACCAUUACUGUGCUGUAUCGGAUUUGGCAGGGCUGUGAAUUCUAAUCGAAUUGCAGCAGAGUAGCAUAUCUGCAUAUUACCUAAUAAUGGCUUCUGAUUUGUUUAUUAAAGCAAAAUUAGAGAUCAUGUAUGGUAAUGGAAGGAAUUUGGUCGCCGAAUUAGGGCUUGCCAGGCGGGUAUCUACCUGGAAUAUGCUCUCUUUAUAGUUAAUCAUUGAUCUUCUUUACAUUCGCUGUCUUCUCCAGUCCUCCGCCGACACGCGCCGCCCUGUGACGACUGGAGUUGGUGUUGACCCACCAUUGAAAAUUGAAGAAAUUUCUGAAAUCUACGCCAUGGUUACCAUUUGUAGAAUUACUUACUGUUUACUGGUUUGAGUAUUUGAUUUUUCUCCAACUCUAUUUGUAUGGUCGAAGGAAUUACAGUAACCCCGAGGAGAAUUUACUCCACCUUCCAUGGGGCCCAACCCUAACGCGUCUCCGAUGGCUGGUGUCUCAAAAUUUGGGAAUUUAAUAUUGACCAGUAAGGCCCAGCGAAUGUGGAAGUUUAGGAACCCUAGAGAAUUUUUUUUGGUUUAGGUUUUUCGCAGACAGGACAUCCCCCAUUUCCGUCUCUCCGGGAAUCCUCUUUCUGCUGCUCUAAUUUUCAGGCUUUUCAAGGUCUCUCCCGAAUUCGAAGGACAAGUUUUUUGGCUGAAGAUUCGAUCGAUCCUCUCUGCAAUUCGAAACAUGGGGAAACCUAGCGCGAAGAAGAAGGCUCCGACAGGAUUGAAAUCGAAAUCCAGCGAAGGAACCAUUGCAGCAGCAAAGCACAAGGCGUUUGAUGAAGACACUGCUGUGUUCAUCAACAUGUCUCAGGAACUAAAGGAAGAAGGCAACAAAUUGUUUCAGAAACACGAUCACGAAGGAGCUAUGCUGACCUACGAGAAGGCGCUCAAGCUGCUGCCUCCGAACCACAUCGACAUCGCGAACCUCCGGACGAACAUGGCGGCUUGCUACAUGCAAAUGGGGAUAGGAGAGUACCCGAGAGCGUUGAACGAAUGCAAUCUGGCGCUGCAAGUAGCUCCGAAAUACAGCAAAGCAUUGUUGAGGCGAGCGAGAUGCUACGAAGCUCUCAAUCGCCUCAACCUUGCUCUAAGAGAUGUUAAUACAGUUCUGACCAUGGAGCCGAAUAACACGAAUGCAUUGGAGAUCUCUGAUGUUUUGAGGAAAAAAAUCGAUGAAUCCGGCGUGCAGGUCGAUGAUAAGGAGAUUGUUUUGCCCUCGGAUUAUGUUGAACCGGCUUAUGCGCCGCCUGUCGCUCGCAAGGUUGUGAAAGAGAAGGGGAAGAAGAAGAAGGGUACGAAGUUGAAGAGGAAAAGCGCCGACGAGCCUCAGGAGAAGAAUGUCGACGUAGUAGAGGAGAAGAAGAUCGAUAGUAACGUUAUUGUAGAAGAGAAGAGAAGUGUGAACGACGAAAAAACGGCGACGAUGAAAUCGGUGAAGCUCGUUCACGGUGAGGAUAUUAGAUGGGCGCAGUAUCCGGCGAAUUGUGGCCUUCGUCGCGUGAGGAAUUUGGCUGUGGAAAGGUUUUCAAAUUUGAAGGGCGUGCUCGUCAAAUAUAAAGAUGCAGACGGCGAUUUGGUUACUAUCACGACGACGGACGAGCUGAGAAUAGCCGAGGGAUUGGCGGAUCGACAAAGCGUGUUGCGACUGUACAUUGCCGAAGUUAGUCCUGAGAAAGAACCAAUUUACGAUGAAAUGGAUGUCGAGGAGGAAGUAAUAAACAAGAGCAAUGACGACAAAGCGGCGCCUGUCGAGGAUUGGAUCGUCGAGUUCGCAAGAGUGUUCAAGAAUCACGUCGGGCUCGACUCCGAUUCGUAUUUGGAUCUUCACGAAAUAGGGAUGAAGAUGUACUCGGAAGCAAUGGAAGAUAGCGUGACGGGCGACGAUGCGCAAGGGCUGUUCGACAUUGCUGCCGCGACAUUCCAAGAAAUGACGGCUUUAGCGCUAUUUAAUUGGGGGAAUGCUCAUUUGUCGAAGGCGAGGAAAAAGGUGAUCCUAAACGACGAUAAUUCUCCCGAGUCGCAGAUUAAGUCCGCGUUCGAUUGGGCCGAAAAUGAAUACAACAAGGCAGCUACCAAAUUCGAAGAAUGUCUAAAAUUCAAGCCGAAUUUCUACGAAGGGCAUCUCGCGCUCGGGCUGCAGAAAUUCGAGCAAGCGAAGCUGUCGUGGUAUUACAUGAUCGCGAGCAAGUCCAAGUUAGAAAUCGGGCCAUCUUCGCACGUGUUGGAGCUCUACAAUCGCGCGGAAGAUUGCAUGGAGAAAGGGAUGCAGAUUUGGGAAGAGAUGGAGGAAGAACGUCUAAAUGGAAUUUCGAAGCGCGAAAAAGAUAAAACGGAGUUACGAAAAUUCGGGCUCGAUGGGCUGUACGAAGAUAUAUCCGGUGAUGAUGCUGCUGACAAGGCGACGAAUAUGAGGGCGCAGAUUUACCUCUUGUGGGGCACAAUGUUAUACGAGCGAUCCGUUGUCGAAUACAAGCUGAGCCUCCCGACGUGGGAGGAAUGUCUGGAGGUUGCCGUGGAGAAAUUCGAGCUCGCGGGAGCUUCGCAGACGGACAUUACGUUUAUGAUCAAGAACCAUUGCUCGAACGCUACUGCAUUACAGGGUUUCAAAGUCGACGAGAUAGUGCAGGCUUGGAACGAGAUGUAUGAUGCGGAUAAAUGGCGAGCCGGGGUGGCGACUUUCCGGCUGGAGCCUCUGUUCAGAAGGAGAACUCCGAAACUUCAUGCUCUUCUCGAGCGGACGAUCUCGGAUCUUUGAAGAAGCUUCGGAAUCGAAUCGUAAUUCUCCGGGAGAGAAUGGUUUUUGUGGUAUGAAACAGUACAGCAUCGGACCAAACCGAUGAUGAUUCUUUUGUCCGAAGUGUGUUGGUAUCACUUAGGACAUUUGCCAAAUCUGGUGUCGAUUGCAGGUCAGUUUUCUUGGAUUUGUUGUUAUUUUAGUGAGUUGUUUUUUUUUUUUUUUUUUUUUUUUUUUUUUAAAAAAAAAUUUCAUGGAAAGCAAUGGAAGAUUUGAGUUUUCUUGAUUUUAUGAUUUGGGAUAUGAAGACUAGUGAGUAGGGUAGGAUUGGGACUGGUUAUUAUUGUCGACAAGAUUUGGGAUUGAUUCUUGUGUUUGUUUUUUUGGUCAUUCAAGUCAAGAGGAUUUAUUGAAUGAUGGAUAGAGAUACAAAUACAGAUACACAGAAUGGAAGUGUUCAUUGGAUUUGGAAUUGUGACAAAUUUGUGGGAUUUGUCACAAUUUGUGUGUUUUGUAUGUAUCUUUCUGUUAAAUCACAAUCUUGGCAUUUCAUUUCAA